UGGCGUCGAGAUUUCAGCAACUUUUUUCUUUCUUUCGGGAAGGCGUGACUUGUGUCUUUCGUUCAUGGAUGAUUUUGUUAUCAAGAUUGUAGCUGAAGUUCUGGAGGGAAUUUGAUAAAAAAUGCAAAGCCCAUAUUAUAUAUCGAAAACGGCGCAAUUAAGUGAAGAAGAAAAACAGAAUAUUUUAAAACAAUUGACCGAUAUUUUUAAUUGUGUCCCCUGCGAUCAACUACGAAGACUCUGUGAAUCACAUUCAUGGAAUGUUGAGCGCUGCAUAGACUUCUUGAUAAAGGCCAAUAACCAAGACGACAGGAAAUUGGGAAGUGGAGCUAUUCCAAAGCAAAAUAUAUCGGUGGGCGAAAGAGCUGCAAUAAAGGACACAGUUCAAAAGCGACCCGCCUCGGACGGAUAUACGUAUUUAUCGGGGAUUAAUAACAAUCAAAACAAUUCUUCUGGAAGUUCAUUUGUAGAGCAGCGAAUUUCAAGAUUAAUAUCAGAUGGCUCUAAAGUUAUGAUUCUUUUGCGUGGAGCUCCUGGAAGUGGCAAAUCAUGCUUGGCGAAAAAUAUCGUAGAACAACACGUAGAACUCAACGAUCAGUAUAUGUUAAGAGAUUUUAUUUUUAGUUCCGAUGACUUCUUUUAUAACAAUUCUAAUCGAUACAAAUGGCAUGCGAACUUAUUAGAUCAAGCUCAUGAAUUUAAUCAACGCCGGGUUGCAGAACACGCACAAGCGGGUUGGAGUCCAAUUUUUAUUGAUAAUACCAAUAUAAAGUUAUGGGAGAUGUUAGUGUAUGUGAAAAUAGCAGUGGAGAAUGGUUAUGCCAUUGAGAUUCUAGAGCCUAGAACGUCUUGGAAAAAUUCUGCGUAUAAACUUGCUCUUAAAAAUAAACACCGAGUGCCAGCAGAUAAAAUCCAGACGAUGUUGAAUAAUUUUGAAAAAGGAUCCGUUCAAGACUUAUUAAAGAUGCUCAAGACAACAAGAUAUCGUGUUACACUCCCACAAAUGCGAUCCAUUCCACCUAUUUCCUUCGGCCAACAAGACACCGAAACCGACGAAGUAUUUCAAAUAUAUAGACCUGAAAGGGCUGCUUCGGAAGACCAUUGUAAUUUAUCUGACACGGCUACUACGGAAACCGCUUGUCAAUCGAUCGAUGAGAACACUCCAAAGGCCCAAAGAGAAAGAUCAGCUUCCAAACAGAAAAGCGCAAGCGUAGAAUUGAAGCCACCUCCUAAAAUAGAAGCAAUGGGAGAAUUAAAUGAAAUCCAAAUCAAAGAAUCGAUUGCUUGGCAGCCGCAUGAAAAGGAACUAAACCAAUUUUGGAAUAUGCCGUCCAGCAGUGACAAGCGAGAAAUUCUGCUAGGGGAUGAGUCUCAAGCAAAAUCCCUUUUAGAUUUGUUGCGAGAAGGUGUGUAUGAUGAAGACAAAUCACAAAAUUGUGAAAAUAAAAAUGUAAAUAACUUGAAUCAAAAACUUUUCGACCGACAUAGCAUUAAUUGUCCGAAUGAAAAUAAGGGAUUUGCAUCGCUGCGUCAAAUUUAUACAAAUAAGGAAGUGGCUAGUUUAUGGGACUUGUUUGUAAAAUGUGAUGGGGACAUAGAUUGGACAGUUGAUCUUCUUUUAAGAGAGGAUGAAUUAAUGACCCCGCCGGGUAGUAAAUAUUUUGAGGCAGCACCUGAAAUUGCCGAUGACUUUCAAUGUACUUGUGGCAAGCAACCAAACAUUGCAGACGAUAGUAUAACGACGGCGAUUCCCCCAACACCAACGCCAACUUCGCUUGGAAUAGGCACAAAACCUCAAAGGCAACGAUCGCGAGCCGCGCGCGUAAAUAACCGGACAAAUCCAGAGAUCCAAGAAAUAACUGAGGUUAUAGCGAAUCGCUUUGUUCUUGACGGUAAGCAAUUUUCACCGCAUAUUCGAAAGCUUCGUGAAAUGCGGGAAAAGCUACGAAAUCCCCAAGGAAAGUGCUAUGCCAGUAUCGAAGUUCAGACAGACCCACUAAAUGAGGAGGAACAUGGCGACGAUGAUGCUGACGCCGAAGUCAAUGAAAUAAUAGAAAUCAAUAUCGGCGAGGAGUUAGUAAAACAAUUGAAGUAUAUUUUUCAAUCUGAAAUGACAUCAUUGGUAGAAAAAUUUCCCGAUAAUCCCGUUUUGAACGUAUUCAUGCCUCGAACCUUAGCCAAGGAGCUAUAUAUGCUCUGGAUAGAGUCCGCAUAUAAUCAACUUGAAGAGCAAAGGCAAAGAACUAGUCGCGAGGAUGCAGACUUUGCCCGUCUUCUGAAAAAUCCAAAAUACGAAAAUUAUUCGGAGUCACCCGGAAACAUACAGGAGUUGUUAGAUAUGGAAUAUGCAUGGCAGAUUUACAAAAAUGAUCAAGAAACUGAAAUUCAAAGAGCAACCAAUAUACAACAGCGGUAUCACCCAAGUGACCUCGCCGCUCACCUAACCCAAAUUAAAUUAUGCGAAGACUUUCCAAAAAUUCCGCGUGAAACUCUUGUUGAAAUUUUAACUGCUCAUGACAAUAACUAUGACGAAACUGUUAAAGUUCUCAACAGCACAACGAAAUCGACAGAUCAUCACACAUUUUCAAAUUUGCAGAAAAAAUUGUUGGAUUGUACUUUAGAUGAGCAAGAAAUGAUAAAAGAGGAACAAGAGAAAAGCAACAAAAACAGCGGGUACAUUGAAGCCAGAGAAGAUCGCAUAUCCAAAGGGCCUCUGCAGCCAGAAGAAGCAAAACGAAUGGCGCUGCACGAUUUUGAGGAAAUGCGAAACCUGGCGGCACAUCAUUGUCAACUCAAAGCCGAAUGCUAUCAAAAAGCAAAAGAAGCCAUUCAAAAAGGAAACAGUGCUGUCGCUGUUUAUUAUUCGCAAAUCGCAAACUUACACAAAAUGAAAUUGGAUAUGUACAAUCACCGCGCAGCCAAUUGUAUUAUGGAUGUGCACAAAUAUACACAAAAUAACCCAGAGCUUUUAGACUUACAUUACUUGCAUGUGAUGGAGGCAAUCGGAUGUCUGGAUCUGUUUAUAGAUCGCCAUAUUACCGGACUGCGGGCUGCUUCUCGUAGUUAUAAGCACGUAUUCAUAAUCACUGGUCGUGGUCUACAUAGCACAGGUGGAGUUUCCACUAUUAAAAACAAAGUUAAGACUCGUCUGAAAGAGCGCAACCUUCGGUGGACUGAGGUUAACCCAGGAUUAUUGAAGAUAAAAGUUUUUUCAGCAUCAAGGCACUCCAAAAAUAUAUAAUGUACCUAUUAGACCGUUCGUUAAAAAUAAA